UUGCAUGGCAGCUGCCUCUCUGUUCGCUGCUGCUGUAAUACGGUACAAAGAAUAAUUAGUCUAGAUUACUAAGAUAUUGUACAUUCAGUAUAUAUUAUUUCAUGAGGCUCUUCUACUUCUACUACCAAGUUCAACAGAUUUAUUUGUCAUUUUCCUGUUAACCCGGAUAAGUUCUACUAACUUCACUGCCUCAGACUUACGUGACACUUGAAGAACCAGAUGAUGUGUAGGACUAUCCCCCAGUGAUACUUCUGGAACCAGAUGAUAUCAUGGACACCACUCCACAUAAUGCAGCUGUAGGUGUCGGUUACACAGGCUCAGAAAAAGCUGGAAGCAGUGUUCACAUUAGAUCACAGCCAUGGAUGAGCUCGGCAAAAGAUUUUAGGCUAUCUGCAGAACAACUGAUGGGCAGACUUCAUCUGGAGGGCAAAUAUCAAAAACUGAAAACAGCAGAUUUUCUUCAGAUAACUGAAAAUUCACAGUCUGGGGAGUUUUGUUCGGAGGAAAAAUUUGCUCAAACAUUUCUUCGAAAAUUACUUGCAUUGGACUACACAGUGAGAUGCAUCAAAAUUGGAGAGAACAAUGAACAGAACGACACACAACAAAGAUGUAAUAAGUUGUCUACAAGAGAUGCCUUUAAUGAUAUUUUUGGAGAAGCAGCUGAAUCUGCUGAUGAGACUAACAUAUUAGACGUUAUUGACUUAAUGGAUGCUCAGAUGGCUGUGUUUUAUAGUGCCGAUAGUUUCUUAAAGCAGCUCAUAGUCACUAAACUCUCACAGUGUCAGUUUGCUCUUCCUCUGCUUGUACCAAAUCCAUUCACACAACAGAUUGAGUUUCCUCUCUGGACAUUUAGACAAACCAAAAAGAGCUGGAAGACGACUGAUGAUAAAGGUCAAACCCAACCAGUCUACAGGGCAGAAACUCCAAUGGUGGCUUUCUUCAGGUUUGGCUCUGUGUCCUCAUCCAAGUCUCAGUUGAUUAACAGUUUGAUCAAUGAGAAACACAACACGUUCUUCCAUAGAAACUGUCCAGGCAGCAGCAGAACCAGAACACUGAUAGACGGGGUGGUGGAGAUUGCAUGGUACUGCCCAUCUGGAGAUGAAACAGAUACAUUUCCUCAAUGUGUUGCGUUCUGUAAUCUUCAUGGUGAUGGAGGAGACAAUGAGAAACAGCUGGAUAUCAUAACACAAAUGUCUUCUGUAAAUGUUGUUAUUUUACCUCAAAUUACCAAGAAUGACAAAAGCAUGACAAAGAUCGAAAAAUUAUACCAGGGUUCAAAGCCACUCAUUUGUCUUCUUACUGAGAAUGAUUACACUCUCAAAGAAGCAAUACAAGGAAAACACAGAAUAGGUUUGAGAGACAGAAAUCAAUCUACUGUCUUUGAAGAACUCAGAAAAGCUAUCAAUAAAGGAUUCUCAUCUUUAGAAUCUUCUUCCCUUUUCAAACUUGAAGAUGUGGCCAAACAUAUAAAUAUCACAGUAGAUGAGAAGACUGAUGAAGACUGCAGGAGUGGAAAAGAUGCAGCGCAGAAGAUGAUGAGUUUACUGGAGAGUAAAGAUCUAACAGAAAUCAAAGAAUCAUUACUGCCGUGUCAGGGACAACUGUGGCAUCAGUGGUGCCAGAUGAAUAAAGAACUACACAGACCUACAUUGGGUGAACUACAUAAGAGUGAUAAUAUAGAAAAAAACAAAAGUGACAAGAAAUCAGAAAUGCUUAAAUUCCGUGAUCAGCAGCACACAUUUGGUGUAAGUGAAUUUAUCCAAAUCUUUAUUCAACAAUUGAACUCACAAGAAGGAAAUGAGAUGGUGUAUUUUCUUAAAUGGCUUGGGAUUCUACUGGAUGACUUCACCACUGAAAGUGUUUCAGCCCUUCAUCAUGAAUAUGAUAAAAAGUGGUCAGAUGGUGUAGGUCUUAGAAAUAAACAUGAUAAAUCACAACAACAGAUGGCUGAACAAGAACUUGAGAGAAUUUCUGAGAAACUACAAGCUGCAACCUUUGGUUUGGAGCACAUACUGAGAGAGGUCGGUCAGAUAUAUGAAUCAUGUUCAUCUGUGAUAAACAACAAGAAAAACCUGAAGAUUAACUUCAGAACUCUUCCUGGUCUUGCAGCAAAGAUGAUGAUGUCUGGAUUUCCACUGGAGCUGAUGGAUGGAGAUGCUGCUCACGUUCCUCUUAUCUGGGUUACAGCCGUUUUAGAUGAACUCAUCAAGAAACUGGGAGACAAAAGAGUCUUUGUACUGUCAGUUUUAGGGAUUCAGAGCUCUGGGAAAUCCACCAUGUUGAACGCCAUGUUUGGUUUACAGUUUGUUGUCAGUGCCGGCCGGUGCACCAGAGGAGCUUCCAUGCAGCUGGUCAAAGUGUCAAAGGAGAUGAAGAUGAAAAAACAGCUGAAGUUUGACUAUAUUCUGGUUGUUGAUACUGAGGGUCUUCGUGCUCUAGAACUGGCUGGAAGAUCAACAAGAAAUCAUGACAAUGAAUUGGCCACAUUUGUUGUUGGUCUUGGAAAUAUGACGUUAAUCAACAUCUUUGGAGAAAACACUGCUGAGAUGCAGGACACUCUUCAGAUUGUUGUUCAGGCCUUCCUGAGGAUGAAGAAAGUCAGACUGAACGCCAGUUGUAUGUUUGUGCAUCAGAAUGUUUCAGAUGUUACGGCUGGUAAGAAAAAUAUGGAAGGAAGAAGACGCCUUCAGGAAGAACUGGAUAAAAUGACAAAACUUGCUGCCAAAGAGGAAGACUGUGAUAAAGAGUUUUUCAGUGAUGUCAUUGCAUUUGAAGUACAGAAUGAUGUCAAGUAUUUUUCACAGAUCUGGGAGGGAAGCCCACCUAUGGCUCCACCAAACCCAAACUACAGCAGAAACAUUCAGGAGUUGAAAGACAACAUUCUCUUAAAAGCUUCUAAAGGGAGCGGCAUCACACUGUCACAGUUCAAAAUGCGUAUUGAUGAUCUUUGGACUGCACUGUUGAAUGAGAAUUUUGUGUUCAGCUUCAAAAACACACUGGAGAUUUCUGUAUACAGAAAACUAGAAACUAACUAUAGCAACUGGACAUUCAGUCUCAGGAGUGCCAUGUUGAGCAUUGAAGACAAAUUCUACAAAGUGAUUGCAAAUGGAAACGUGGAGAUUCAUGAUCAUGAUCUGAUAGCUGAACUGAAAACAGCAAAAGACGAAGUAGAAAAAUCAAUGAAAUCUUACUUUGAUGAGGACGAAGACAAAGACAUUCUGUGUCAAUGGCGAGGGAGAUUUGAAACACAAAUUAGAGAUCUACACAAUGAUCUGGUAAAGGACACGAAAAUAAAAUGUCAUGAAGCAAAUGAGCAGAAGAAAGCCAGGGAGAAUCUGGAUAAAAGAAGAACAGAGUAUGAAAAAAUGCUUUUCAUUCGAAGCAAGGAAUGUGCUGUGAGCCUAAAAAGUAAACGAGGAGACGAACGCGUUCUGAAAAAGGAAUUUGACACAAUGUGGAUUAAAUGGGUCACUGAAAUGACAAAUGAUAUUCCUCCACUGAAAGACUUUGAUUUAUUGGAUGAUGUCACUCGGGUUUUAUCUAAAAUACAUGGACCAACUUUUGUUAAUCUGAGACUAAAUCAGCAAUAUUUCAAACAGAUAGUCCACAGAGGUGAUUAUGAGGACUACAUUAUACUACAGAGACAUCUAGAGCAAUCUAAUAAAACUGUAUCAGUAAAUAAUCACCAAUAUAAUGUCUCAGUUAGGCAACUGAUUCAUAAUGUUAUGCAGGAAACUGAGAAAAUAAUGGAGAAAUCACCAGUCAGAAGACACGGCUACAAUGUCAGUUAUAUUCAGGCAUUAACAGACUGUGUGCAAACGUUAGUACACCAAUAUCAAUCAGAGAAUCAAACAUACAAACUGAAAAGAGAGUUUAUCACAGAUCUCUGUCUCUAUGUGUGUGACACUGCAAUCAAGACAUUUACUGAACAACACAAAGAAUUCAGGGACACAAUUGAUCCAAGAAUGUAUCUUGAGAAGCAGAAAACUCAAUAUUACAGCAUCUUCAAGAAUCACUGGAGUGGAGCAACAGCCACAACCAUACUAAUCGAUUUUAUCUGCAGCAAACUUGAACCGUCCAUCCUAGAAGCUGUUUACGACAAAACUGCGAUUGAUUUAGCAGCACAGAUGAAGUCUGACAUACGAGCAUUAAGAGAGAACAGAUCAAAUCUGGAGAAACACAUUCUGAAAUCCCUCGCAGAAAAAGAGGACUUUCAACAAUACGUACAAUACAUACAUCAACCCAAAGAACACUUCAAACAAUUCAUUAGCAAAAAGGUGAAGAAAUACUUCACCAAACAAAGUGAAAUAAUAUUAAAUAUUUUCAAAGGAAAUCUACAACUGAAAGAGCAGAUUGUAAGUAAUGCUGUGCAUGCAGUGACAGUGGAGGUCAAAAACAAGGGAGGAGAUGGAAACAUGUGGUUCAGAAGUUUCACCAAAACACUCACUAAUAUGCUGAAAUUCACAGGAGAGUCAUGUGUUAAUCUCACAGAAGUUAAAGACUUGGAUUUUCUGAAAAAUCAUUUGAGUAAAAGUCUGAAUGAAUUGAUGAAAAAGCUACAGAACAGUUUUUCAAGCAUUAAUGACAUUAAAAUGGAAAAGUGCAGGAAGAAACCAGAUGAGAUUUUGAUCGAUCACUUCUGUCAGUGCUGUUGGGUUCAGUGUCCCUUCUGUAAAGCCAUCUGCACCAACACAAUGGAAGAUCAUUCUGGAGAUCACAGUGUUCCUUUCCAUCGUAGCACUGGACUGAAUGGGCGUUUUUAUAGAGAAACAACAAACUUGGCUAAUUGUUUCUGCACAACAGAAGUAACAACUGAUAACUGGCUUUACGCAGAAAAUUCUUAUGAAAAAAUUUUUUGGAGAGAAUACAGAAAAGGAGGUCCAGAAUUAGCUAACUGGAGUAUCACUCCUGACUUCUCUGAGCUGCCGUACUGGAAGUGGGUUGUUUGCAGAUUCCAGAAAGAUCUUGAAAAGCUCUACAGUAAAACAUUCCAGGGACAUGGAGAGAUUCCAGAUGAAUGGAGACGAUACAGAAAAGAUGAUGCUAUUGAGAGUUUGGAUAAAUACAUCUAGUGAGGAAUUAAGAGAAACUCUUGCACAUUCCUAUUUAACUCAACUCAACUCAACUCAACUUUAUUUAUAUAGCGCUUUUUACAAUUUUCAUUGUUACAAAGCAGCUGUACAUGAGACACAUUAAAUACAAGUAUGAAUUCUAAAGCAGCCCCCCCGGCCAGGCAGAUAGUGCAAAACAAUAUGCAAACGGUGGUGAGGAACCCAAAACUCCCAUCGAGAAAAAAAACCUCAGGGGAACCCAGGCCCAACCAGGGGAUUCCAGUUCCCCUCUGGCAAAAGCUGCUGCCUCUGCACAAGCUCAACAGUGCUUGCACAACAAGGCUUAAUAAAAAUAUAAAAAUUAAGGAUUUAAGAUUAUCAUUAACAAUCUAAUAGCAUUUGAAAUGUUGUAGGAAAAACAAAGUUGUCGCGUCCUUUAUCCAGCUCUAUCCUCUUAGCACUUGUCAGGUCACCGCUUCCCAUUCUCAGCUCUGCCAUCAGGUCUGGGCAUGAACUGCAUCCUGCGGUAACCUUGGAACAAAGAGACAAGACUGGCUGAGAGUAGAGUACUGUUCUGCACUCUUUGAUGCAACAAGUACAUCAUUUGUUGUUGGAUGUGUUCCUGGUUCCGGUUGAUCUAAAUAAUGCAGCCUAAAUCCUCUGAGGAUUAAUAUUAUGGAGGUGUAGUGUAUGCAAGAUUAAAAAGAUGAGUCUUUAGUCUAGAUUUAAACUGACAGAGUGUGUCUGCCUCCCAGAUGAUUUUCCCAUUUCAUUCUGCCUCCCAUUUACAGAUGAUGUUUUGAUUAAGCUGUUUUGAGCUUAAUUCUGAACUGAUUUUUACAGGAAUUUAGAUUGUAAAAUAAAAUGUCUCACUUUA